AUGCUUUCUGUAAUAGCUAUAAGGGUUUUAUCUGUUUCUUUCCAUUCUCCAUCAUGUAUAAGCUUUACUCAUAAAUCUUCUGGAUAUUCUUUAGUAAAGUCUAAUACAAACUCACAACAUUUAUCUUUAAUUGAGACCAGAAGUAAAAUUUUUAUUUUGCAUGCCACUCUACAGAGAGAGAUAAUGAAUCGUUUGAAAGUCUUUCUUGUAAAAAUCUUAUGUUUUUCUCUAUCAUAUCAUCGUGAAGGUGGACUUGUUCAUUCUUUACAAAUAUAUACUACAGACAGUUUCAUAGAUGCAUUUGAACUAAUGCAGAAAAAUUCUGUUAGUCCAA